AUGAGCCCAGAAAAAAUCAAUAACAUUUCCACCUUUCUCAAGAGAACCGAAGUUAUCGGAAGGGGUAAGUUUGGAAUUGUUUACAAAGGUUAUCAUGUUAAAACUAAACAAAUAUACGCUAUCAAGGUUUUAAAUUUGGAUACUCAUGAGGAAGAGGUUAAAGAUGUUCAAAUGGAAAUUCAGUUUUUAAGUAGUUUGAAAACUGUGCCUAAUAUUACACAUUAUUAUGGUUCAUUUUUAAAGGAAACCAAGUUAUGGGUCAUUAUGGAGUAUUGUGCUGGUGGCUCACUUCGAACCUUGCUGAGACCUGGAAAAAUUGAUGAAAAAUACAUUGGUGUUAUUUUACGAGAACUGUUAGUCGCAUUAUGCCAUAUACAUGCAGAUAAUGUUAUUCAUAGGGAUAUUAAAGCUGCAAAUGUCUUGAUUACCAACGAGGGAAAUAUAAAACUAUGCGAUUUUGGUGUUGCUGCUCGAUUGACACAAACUCGAUCCAGAAGACAGACUAUAGCCGGUACUCCCUAUUGGAUGGCCCCCGAAGUUAUUAUGGAAGGUGUUUUCUAUGAUACUAAGGCGGAUAUAUGGUCAUUAGGUAUAACUGCUUAUGAAGUGUCCACUGGUAACCCACCAUAUUGUGAGAUUGAAGCUUUAAGAGCAAUGCAGCUAAUUGCUAAAUCUAAACCACCCAGAUUGGAAGGAAGACAAUAUUCACCAUUGUUAAAGGAGUUCAUAGCAUUAUGUUUAGAUGAAGAUCCUCAAGAAAGGUUGUCAGCAGAAGAUUUGUUGAAGAGCAAAUUUAUCAAACAACAUAAAAGUUCACCAACUUCUAUUUUAAAAGAAUUGAUUUCCAGGUAUUUGUUUUAUAGAGAUAAACAUCGAAACACAAGCCAUAGAGAAAGUAUUAUGCUAGAUGAUAAUGAUAGUGUUGUAUCGAUAAUUACUAAAAAUGAAAAUUUAAACAACAACAAGAACAACAACAGUGAUGCUACUAACAUCACUACCAACAAUGAUAAAAGAAAAAAGAAGCAUAAUAAUAGUAAUCAAAAUAUCGAUGAUAGGGAUCAGAAGGGUAAUAAUGAGUUGCGACAAAAAAAUCAUUCAGCUUCCUCCUCUUACAAAAACAAUGAUGAGCAAGCCACAGAAAACAAUAACAAGAACGACACAGAGAUAGAUAUUAAAUGGGAUUUUGAUUCAUUGAGUUCUAGGGAAUAUGUCAUUGAAAAUGCUAUUCCAAUGGAUAGCAUACCAAAAGAGACUGGGUGGGAUAAUGACCUUGAGAAAUUAAAUUUUGCGUAUCCAGAUGAAGAGUUUAAUUAUGCAAACAAUGUUUAUCAUCCUAGCACGAUGAAAAAAACAUUUCCUAAUGGCGUGACCACAUUUACUACCAUUACCAACAGCAACAACACUGGUAAUAUCAAUAAUAGUAAUAUGCAUACACAGAAACCAGGCACUUUAUAUUCCAAGCAAAUCACCAUGCCAUACUCCUCAAGCACCAUUAACAAUACCAAUCAACCCAUUUCAAGCACGGCGGGUGCAACCCCCAGUGUUGAUAAGAUGAAUUUAUAUGAAUCGCAUAAAAAUAAUAUGAACAAUAAUACUAGUACACACACAGGAACUUUUAAUGUCAAUACAACUACUACCAAGGCACCUAGGCAAUUGAUGAUGUUAUUUGAUAAUGAUGAUGUUGAAGAGGUGAACAAUGGUAUUAAUGAUGGAAUUAUUCAGGAUAGACAUACGGAAAACCUUAACACUAACAUCAUGAACAACAAUACUAAUACUCCCGUUACUUCAACUAACGGCCAAUCCAUUUCUCAUGCUAACGAUAAUAUAUAUAACAGUAAUCUUUCAAGCAUUUAUGAUAAUUCCCAUCUAGUUUCGCCGCCUAAUAAACUUGGCAAUGAGGUGACAAAUAAACCAUUUAAUGCGUUACUGGCAUCUCAUAGUAAGAGUACGCCUAUAUUACCUACUUUAAUUACUAAGGAUUUAGAUAACAAUAAUCAUCAACACAAUCCUAAUGUCGCGACUAAUACAGAAACUGGAAUUGUUGAAAUUGAAAUACCAGAGGAACUACCAUUGUGUACUACUCCCGCUUUAUUACGAGCAUCCACACCAGUGACCACCAGCAGUGUUAUAAGUUCUAGCAACAAGAUAGCAGAAAUAUCGAAUGUAUCUAAUUCUAGUAAACGACAACAACCGUCAAUAUCAUUGCCACAGUCUACUACCUCUUUAUCUAGUACUGAUCAUGCUAUUAUGACUAAGCCAAGGUCCUCAACUAUCUCCGGAAUAAAUCCUAUCAAUCAACACAAUAAUUCCAAUUUUGGCAGUUUCCCCAGUAUAUCCACUGCUAAAGCAGCAGCUCUUCAUAGAAGGCCUACGUUUUCUGGAUUAUCCAGUAAUAAUGGUAACAGUGGGUUUAAUACUCCAACUAUAACGUCUCCACCCAACAUGAACAUCAACUUAAAACCUUUAACUAGCAUAACAUCUGCCACCACGGGAACAUCAACCAGCUUUACCAGUAAUUCUACCCACAAAAUAUCUCCUAAUAGACUACAGCCUACUACGCCUGUCGAUAGGUCGUUGUCAGUCAAUCAGUUACAUCGUAUUUCUCCAUCACAUGAUACCACUGUCAACACUAAUGGUACCUCCUUGACUGGCUCACCAUCUGCACCUCAACAUAUGAAAGCAGUUAAAUCAUUAAAAACCAAUUUGGAAAAUUCACACAUAAAUUACGGAGCUGGUAGCCCAAUGAUUGCUACAGGUUUAGCUGGCAAUACUGUUGUUGGUAGAGAUGAUAAAAACUCGAGUGCAUCCGUUGUUGUUGAAGAUAACAACAACAACAACAACAACAACAACAACAACAAUAACAACAACAACAAUAACAAUAAUAACCAUGCAAAUACUAGUAAUUCUGUUAACGAUAUAUUAAAUUCAUUAUUGCAGCCGAUGAACGAUAUAAAGAAUAAAUGUGAACAAGCACAACAACAGCCCGAAUAUGAUGCUAACAACCCUGCAGUUGCGCUUGAAGAUGAUAAUAAAAAGACCGGUGUUAAUUUGAAGAUUAACAACAGUCACACUGGUAGCAACCUUGACCAAGGCACUAGUAGGAUGAACAAUGAUUUUCGCAAAAAUUUUCCCGAUUUGAAAUUGCAAAUGCCAUCGCCCACAAUUCCGUUAACCUCCAAUAAACUAUUAUUACAGCAGCAUCAAGGAGAUAAUAAUAUUAGUACUGGGAUGAAUACAAAUGUUAAUCAAUUUGGAUUUAAUGUUAGUGAUACAAAUAAUUUACCCAUUGCAAUGACACCAUUGGGUGAUAAGGCUAAUAUUCCAUUAAAUGUAUGGUACGACGGUAAUUGUGCUAAUAGCAAUACAGAUACUAAUAAUAUAACUGGUGCCCCUGCAGUUCUAUCAGAUAAUAAAGAAGUUUUGGUAAAUGCCAAUGCUGCGAGUAACAAUAACUCAACAAUUGAUGCAAACACUAUGCCUGUUACAAACGGCCAUGCAGCUGAUGUUGGUGACAAUACCGUCAUUACUAAUAACUAUGGCAACACAAAAAAUAAGAUGAAAGAUAUCGGUAAUAAUGGCCAUAAUCAUUUCUUUAAUAUGAUGGUAAAUAAUGAGAACGUUAGUAGUAGCACUGGCCAUGGUGGCAUGAAUACAAAUAAUAUUCCUUCCAAUAUACUAGACAUACAGAAAUUAAGGAUAAAUAUGAGUGGGAAUAAUAGUGUUUCAAGUAAUGCUGUUACCAACUGUAGUAGUAUAAACUUGGAUAGCAAUAGCGUUAAUAAUGCUAAUGUUAAUGGUUCAACUAAUUCUAAUUUAUUGCACGGCUUCAAUAUAUCUGUUGAUUCGAUAUUACAAAAUAAUAAUAUUGGUACACCAACAGCCAUAGCUACUGGCAAAAAUAUUGGAGAUGAACAUAUUACCAAUACUAGCAACAACAAUAACAUAAAUAAUACUGCAGAUUUGCAACAGAAAUCGUUGAAUGAUAAAUCUUCAAUAGAAUAUAAUCCUAGUUCAACUACUAUAAAUACUAUGAAUACAGAUAAUAACACUAAUGAUGCUAGUAAUAUCACACCACUGGACCAAAUGGGAUACUGCAGCGAAGAGAUUUUUUAUGCCCCAAAUGGUAUAUUAAAUAUGGACGAAUUGUAUGUUGAACAUCCCAACGGGUAUUUUCAUAAUGAAUAUAACAUGGCUGAUGCAUUUAUUGAUCCUGAUAGUAAUAUUGACACGGAAGAUUAUAGAGAUUACAAUGAUACCACGCUGAAAUUUUUGGGUGAAAAAAGAAGGAGAAGAAGAAGGAGAAGAAGCAGAAGUAGUAGCAACAGUAGUAGCAGUGGUGGUAAUAACAAUGGUACUAAUAUUAAAAGUAAUGAAGAUAUGUUUUAUUACUAUUAUUAUUAUCACGACGAGCAAAGACAAAAGGGGUUAGUGUUAAAUGAGUUGAAUAUACUGUUGCAAAACUUUGAAAAUUCAUUGAAUGUUUUAGAUAAUGAAUUGAAAGAUUUUACUGAACAUUAUGACAAAGUUGAUAACGAUGAAAAUGAAGGUACACCAACUGAAAAAGAAAAAGGUGGGUGUGCUGAUGAAGUAAAUAAUAAUAUCGAGUCUGGGCAGAAUUCUAUUACAGGCUAUAAUAACAAUGGCGAUGAUCAUGAUUAUAGUACUGGAAUGGGAAAAGAGGAUCAUGAACAUAAAGUUAAAGACUCUGCCAAUAAUGGUAUUGGGACGUCGGUAACAAAUAUGACUGAUAGACAUAAUAAUAAUUACGGUAUUAAGAAUAUUGAAGGACAGGAAAUUAGUUACAAUAUUAAAAGUGGCAAUAAAAACAACAGUACUAGUAUUCACAAUAAUAGCACUACUAUUACUGGUAAUAAUCAUGUUAUUAACAGUAACAAAAGUACUAUAUCUUCUGCCAUUCCACAUUUAAUUUUAGAAGAAGACAUAAAUAAGAAAUGA